AAAAUGUCAUAAAAAAACUGUCAUGGCGGAAAGAAUGUCAAAGUAGUUAAAAAAAGUCGAAUUUCAUUGAAAAAAAGCAGUAAAAAAAAAUCAUCAAAAUGUAAAUUUUGACAUUGGAAAGGAACAACGAAGUUGAAAGAACGUGUUUAGGUGAAAAUUUUGACAGGUGGAGAAGAAGAAUAUCGUGAUCUUUGUAAAGCAUCGUCAACCCGUAAAACAACCUCUCUUCUGAGUUUCAAUAAAAAAAUUUGCCAAAUAUAUUUUUUUUUUGAUUUCCUGAAAAAAUAACAUAUCACGGUAAGAAAUAAAAAAAACAAUGGCAGAUAAUAAAAAGGUAGGCGAAACUCCUAGUGGAGAGGUUGUUAACGGAUUUCGAAGCUGCAGGGAUCUCAGCGAUAUCGUGCCACUUUAUUCAGCGCGAGGCCUUUAUUUAAAACCAAUCGCAAAAAUUAACGUAUCCGUUAAUCUACCGCAGCUGAAAACCCCAGGAAAAACAAUAUCAACAUGGGAGGUUAUGGAGAAGAUACGAAUGUUGAUACGACCGGACGAAUUUGCCACUCUCAAAGUCUCCAAGAGUACAUUGGAAUUUGUCAGAUUGGAAGGCGAUCUGAGGGACAGAUGCAGAUUGCAGAGGGUCCUUGCCAGAUUGGAAUCGCAACGUUUAAAUCUUGCCGGAUUCAGCAACAUACUCAAAGUACGUGCCGCCGAGGCCAAGGAUAAUUUUCCAACGAGACAUUCAUGGGAUUCUUAUUUUCGUGAUGCCAAACAUAUGAAUGAAUUAAAAUCUGGUGAAAGACCAGAUACUAUUCAUGUUGAGGGUCUUCCUGUUAAAUGGUUCACAGAAGAUGGUGAUGUUCCUAAUGAAUCGAUGGUGGCUAAAAUUUUUAAAAAAUGGGGAACACUACGACGUAUUGAUGUGCCAGCUGCUGAUCCAUAUCGAUCGAAAAUGCGAUUGGGAUCGAAUAUUCAAAAAUUCAAUUUUGGUGAGGGUGUAUUUUUUGACGCUUAUAUUCAAUAUGUCGAAUAUAUGGAUUUUAUGAAGGCAAUGGAUGCCUUAAGGGGAAUGAAAUUAAUGAAAAAAGAUGGACAAAAUUAUCUAACUGCUGCGUUAAAGGUUGAUUUUGAUAAAACCAAACACAUGAGCGAUAGUUCAGUAUCACAGAGAGAUUUUGAAAGAAAACGAUUAAUAGCUCAAGAAAAUUUAGCAGCCGAGAAGCAACGUCGAAAGGAAGAGGCAGAAUCUCGAAAACGAGAAGAACAAAAAAUGAAAGACGAAAUUGAAACAGCCGAUAAAGAAUUUCGUCGCAAGAAGAGAGAAGAUAAACGAAAACGAAAAGUUUUAACUGUAUUUCGAAAGCAGGAGGAGGAUAAAGUUUCAAUGAAAAUUGCUAGGGAAGAACGUAAAUUAAUCAAGGCACAAAGGCAACUCGAAAGUAUACGAUUACUUGACGAACUAUUCGAUAGAAUAAAAAUAAAAAUUGAAAAAAAGGAGAUCGACGUAAAAUCAAAGGACAAGGAUGGAGGCAAAGACAGCGAUUCGGACGAUUCGAAGAAGAAGGACAAAAAGGCGAAGAAGAAGAAAAAUAAAAAAGAGAAAAAGAAAAAGAAGAAAAAGAAAAGUUCUGGUGAUUCAUCAGAUUCGGAUGAUGAGACGAAGAAGAAAAAAAUGAAAAGCAUGUUAAAUAGAAACGUUCCCCAUGAAAUUUCAGCAGGUCCACAUAUGGAUCCAGGAUUAUCAAUGACACCAAUGUAUCCACGUUUUCCACAACCUUGGUAUUACGAUCCAGCACUUCCAAUGAUGUAUCCACCAAUGGGACGUGGAAGAGGUCGUUUUAGUCGGAAUAGAGGUCGCGGUAAUCCACAACGAAUACUCAUGAAUAAUCGCUCAAUACGUGGCUUCAAUCCACAUUUAUAUAACGAUCAAUAUUACAAAUAUUUCGCCAAUCUUGUGGGACAAGAUUAUCGAUUAUUUGACAAUGAAUAUGAUCGUCGUUCAAGAUCAAGAUCAAGAUCACGCAGUCGCCGACGAUCAAUUUCACGUUCUAGAUCUAGAUCAAGAUCGAGAUCGAGAUCGAGUAGACGAAAGAGAAGACGAAGCGAUAGUCGCGAAAGAAGUAGAUCGAGAAGUCGAAGUAAAAGUAGAAGUAGAAGUCGUUCAAGAAGAAGGAAUAGAUCAAGAUCGAGAACAAGAACAAGAUCAAAGUCCAAAGACAGAUCGAAAUCAAGAUCAAGAAGUAGAUCAAAAUCGAGAUCAAGGGGAAGAUCAAAAUCAAGAUCGCGAAGAUCUAAACGAAGUGCUCAUUCACGUUCUGAAUCGCGAUCACGACGUGGCUCAUUGUCGAAACGUAAACGUAGAAGAUCCGAGUCUCAAGUUAGGGUAACGAGGGCAAAAUCACGUUCAGUAUCUGAAAGACGAUCAAGAAGUAGUACUUGGUCACUUCCAAAAUCGCCAAGGCAAAGAAGUUGUUCCUGGUCAAAAGAAGCGGAUAAUGCUGACGCCGAUAGGAAAAAAAAGGAAAGAAACGAAAAGAAAGGUGACAAUGAACGAAAAAUUAAUAAAGAUACAAGUAAUAAUGAAAAUAAUAAAAGUGGAGAUAAUCGAAAGGAAAGCGACAAAAAACAAGACAGUAAAAAAGAAACUAAUAAUAAGCCUGAUGAAACUAGACUGGAAAAUGCAGCUUCCUGAAUUGGAAUUUGAUUCAAUAAAAUGACCAAAUGAUCAUUGUGAUUCAUUUUUUUUUGUUCUAUCUUUAAGAUUCAUUCUUGUAAAAAUUCAUUCAUAUUUCAAAUAUUCUUUUUUUAAUUUUUCUAUUUGUCUUCCUUGUUUAUUCAACUUUUUUUUUUAUAAUACGUGUUUUUUUUAUCGUGAUUUCAAAACUGACAUUGUAAUUGUUAAGUUCGUUUAGGAAUUUAGUCGCUUGACAUCAACGAAUUAAACUUUAGAAAAAUGAAUUUUAAUUUAAAAAAAAACAAUUAUUUUGAAAAGAAAUAAGUGAGAAUGUGCAAAAUAAAUUUUUAUGUAAUUAGAAACAAUUUUGAAAAAAUUGUAAGUAAUAUAAAAAAAAAACUAAUAUGUUACUUAACAUAAAGGAAAAUAUAGUUCAUGAAUUAUAAA